GGGGGUGUUGAAGGAGCCCGCCAGCUGCACUUGUCGUUUGUCUCAUUCCAGCAAGAGAGAGAGAGGGAGAGAGAACUUUUUCAGAAGUAGAAGGCGAUCUUGGCAGCAGAGAGAGGGAGUGCUGGAGAAAAAGGGGGCUGAGCUAGGAGAAAAAGAAAAGAGAGAAGCAAGGAGAGCCGUUUGCCUGAACCCCGUCGGCUUUCCCCGUGUGCGUUUCCCAGCGUUGCUCAGCAGACCGUGUGCUCCAGCCUGCCUCCGUGUCUCCGCGCGCUCGCUGCUGACCAGCGGACACUAAAGGGCGGGGGGGCGGGAGGAAAGGAGCGCGCUCUGGACACGUCCCGUCGGCGGGGUCGCCCGAUCGAGGCGCUUUUUACGCGACGGCCCGAGCAAACAUGCAGGAAAGCACAGGUGGAACCGCAGCGGAUGCUAAAGUGAAUAAUCAGUCAGAAACUACUAAAUGUGAAAUGGAAAGUGGUGACGGGAACGCCGGAAUCCAAACCAAUGGACUGGACUUCCAGCGGCAGACGGUGCCGACCACCAUCGCGAACGCACACGCACAAGCCCUCCUCCAACAGUCUAAGUUGGAAGACUCGGGCGCUCUGCCUGCCUCCGUCCAGCAGAGCGUGUUGCCUCAGGCCCAGCUAAUGUUGGCAGGGGGACAGAUCGCUGGAUUGACCCUGAGCCCGCAGCAGCAGCUGCUGCUCCAACAGGCCCAAGCUCAUCUGCUGGCUGCAGCCGUGCAGCAGCAGCAGCAGCAGCAGCAGCAGCAGCAGCAGCAGCAUUCAGCCAGCCAGCAGAACAGCAACACUGGAGCCAACAUCUCAGCCACCGCAGCCACACCAAUUACCCAGCUGCCCCUGUCACAGCCCAUCCAGAUCGCCCCAGUAAGUUACCAUCAUCCAUACGCUCAGCUACCGCAGAAUCUAACCCUGCCUCAGUUUGUCCUGGUUCAGCCUGGCCACCACAUCGCCACACCGUUGCAGCCCGCUCAGUUCAUCAUCUCUCAGACGCCGUCGGGCCAGCAAGGCAUUUUGCCAGCCCAGAGUCUUCUAACUCAACUACCUCAAAGCCAAGCUAACCUCCAUCCGACUCAACCAAGCAUCACCCUUGCUAAUCAGCCCGCGUCUCCAACCCGUACGACAGCGACCACAAACAUCCAGAGCCUGCCCCACAGUCAGACGCCACCCAAGCGGUUGGACACCCCCACGAUGGAGGAGCCCAGUGAUCUUGAGGAGCUGGAGCAGUUUGCCAAAACGUUCAAACAGCGACGAAUCAAACUGGGCUUCACACAGGGGGACGUCGGCCUGGCUAUGGGGAAGCUGUAUGGAAAUGACUUCAGCCAAACCACCAUCUCUCGCUUCGAGGCCUUGAAUCUGAGCUUUAAGAACAUGUGCAAACUCAAGCCUUUGCUGGAGAAGUGGCUAAACGAUGCAGUUUGUGCAGAGAACCUGACAUCUGACCAGUCCUUGUCCAGCCCCAGCGCGCUGGGCUCCCCGGGCAUGGGCAUAGAGGGCAUCAACCGCAGACGGAAGAAAAGGACCAGCAUCGAGACCAACAUUCGAGUGGCCUUAGAAAAGAGCUUUCUGGAGCAGAACCAAAAACCUACCUCUGAGGAGAUCAGCAUGAUCGCUGACCAGCUCAACAUGGAGAAGGAGGUGAUCCGGGUCUGGUUCUGCAAUCGGCGACAGAAAGAGAAGCGUAUUAACCCCCCCAGCAGUGUCAAUAAUGGAGGAGGCAGCACCUCCAUCAAGACCAUCUUUACCCCCAGCAGCCCGCUGGUGGCGAGCACAGCAAGCCUUGUUAGCAGUCCGACUAUUAACACCUCCGCCACCCUGACUGUAAACCCAGUGAUGCCUCUCACCAGCUCCAGUGUCUCUAGUCUGGCCUUCACAGGCACAACAGUUGGAGCCACAAACACUGCGUCUGUCAUCUCCACCACACCUGUUCUUACCACGUCAACCAGCGCUCCAUCCAUAAGCCCAUCCACGACCACUGUCCAGUCCACGUCCACGGACACCAAAGCCGGCAUCCAGACGCUGGUCACGCAGACGCCCACGUCCAUCGCUACAUCCUUAGCAACGGGCCAAGUAAUGAUGGCCACCCAGUUGCCCACCAGUGCCAGCUUUGCAGCCAUGGCUGCAGCUGCAGGCCUUAAUCCGGGACUGAUGGCGUCGUCCCAGUUCACUCCAGGGGGUGCCCUUCUUAGUCUGACUCCUGGGGGGCUUGGCAGUGCAUUGAGUCCCGCUUAUAUGAAUAGCAGCACCCUGGCUACAAUUCAAGCGCUGGCAUCGAGCAGCCCCAUCCCCAUCACGUCUCUGGACGGCAGCAACCUGCUGUUCGCCAACACCUCGGCCGGCGGCGCGCCCAACCUGGUGACCACGCCGCUCUUCCUCAACCCCCAGAACCUGUCGCUGCUCACCAGCAACCCCGUCAGCCUGGUGUCGGCGGGGACGGGCGGGCUCCAGGUCACCGCCGACGCCCACCACCACCAGGCCACCACCGCUGCCGUGCCUGUGCAAGCCUCGACCAUUACCACUGCCUCCAAGGCUCAGUGAAGCCUGGAUCCGUUCCUGCCACGGGCUCUACCCCCGUCACACCGCGCGGGGGUGGCUGGGUGGGUGGCUGGGGGAGUGGGGGGUGUGGAUGUGACGGUCGUUUGACGCAGGCUUCACUACCUGCACCCCCCCACUGUCCUCAUUAGAACUAGAAACAUUAUUUAAUCUAUCUGCUGCCACCAAAAAGAAAACAUCCAAUAUAAUUGGGCUUAGUUUUUGUUUUCUCUCUCUUCUUUUUUUUCUUCAUCGUUCUC